AAACCGUUACUUUAUAAUAUUUUGUUAACUAAGCACUUAUCAGAUGAUGAAUUUGUUAAGACACCAUAUAUAUACAAAUGACAUUUGUUAUACUUCAUUGGCUUAAGUCAAUUUUUGACAAGAUAUUUUUGUAAUAAAAAGGAAUUAUUACAUAAAUAUCUUGUGUUUUUCUAAAAUAAAAAGAUUUUGAGAUAUAAUAAUUUAUUUUUUUUUUAUUGCUUUUUUUUUUGUUAGUCAACAUGUUGUAAAGGAGAACUGAUUUGAUUUCUGUUACUUUUAUGGCCAACUUACUGUUGACUAUUUUAAGAUGUUUUAUUUUGAUUAUACAACUUUUUUUUUUAUCUUUAGUCCAAUCUGCACAGACUACAGUUGUAUCUACCUCAUGUGUUACACCUGCGACACUCAAGGAGGAGACAGCUAGUGCAAGACUUCACAAUAUAGAUAGUGAAGAAUUAAUGGGUGUGUUUAGCGAUGCCAAAGGAAGAUGUCCUAAUGCAACAAUUUGUUUUAUAUCCAGCAAAUUGAGAUCUAAAAAGAAUAGGACUAUAGAUUAUUUAGAUAAUCUUGAAGAGUCAUCUAGAGAAAAGGUAGUAAAGUGGUCUAUUUACAUGGCACAAAAAAAAAGAAUUAUAACUCGACUAAAAUGUCAUGAAAUUCGAUCAGAAAUUACUAAUAAACUGUCAUUCAAGCGACAGAAAAUGGAUGAAAAACAAAAAAAAAAGCUAGAGCGUGAGCUGUCUAUAUUAAGUCUCGGUGAAAUGAUGCAUAAAUAUAAACACUUAUCUGCAAAGCAACUCAAAGAUUUAGACGAUGUUAUGUCAGAAAGAAUUGUUGGCAGAACACUCGAUCACGAGUGGUAUGAUGCUGACUUUGCUAAAUCUGUCAUUUAUGAUGGUAGAGUUGAAAAGGUAAACAAGAGACUACAAGACAGAAUUUUCACUAUUUCUUACUGGAAACAAGAUGAAACUGAUAUUAAAGCUGUGGAACAUAAGAUGAAAAAAAUACAGCUAGCUGCUGAUGUUAUAUCAGGUUGGUGGGUUAAAUAUGAGCAUUUAAAUGAGAAAAUGUAUACUCGUGCAACUUGUAAUCUGGGUGUUAUAACAUCACAACCACAUCUUUGGCCAGCUCUAAGAUCAUCUUAUUUUGUUUGGCAGUGUUCUGGAAUCAAGUUAUGGCAAUAUUUUGUAUAUAAAAUAUAA